AUGGCCGGCGACGACCAUGUGGUGGUUGAUGUGGACGGCUUAGCGAAAUCCAAGGAGAACGAGGUUUCCAAGAAGCCGUCUGAGGAUGCGAACGGCCCGGCGGCGGCUGCUGCAUCUCCGUCAGCUGUUGUUGACUUGGUCCAGGACGAGGAGGAGGAGGGCGGUGGGGAGGAGGAGCCUCUCAUCCAGGCUGCAGAGUGCCGCAUAUGCCAGGAUGAAGAUAGCGUCAAGAAUCUCGAGAAACCCUGUGCUUGCAGUGGCAGCGUCAAGUAUGCUCACAGAGCUUGCGUGCAACGCUGGUGCAAUGAGAAAGGAGACACUACUUGUGAAAUUUGCCAUGAGGAAUACAAGCCUGGUUACACUGCGCCCCCUCGUGUUCAGCCAGAUGAGACAACCAUAGACAUUGACGGUGAUUUGAUUAUGGAUUUGCGUGACCCAAGAAUUCUCGCUGUAGCAGCUGCCCAACGUCGUCUUCUUGAGGCAGAGUAUGAUGGUUAUGCUAAUACAGAUGCUAGUGGUGCUGCAUUCUGCCGUUCAGCUGCACUUAUUUUAAUGGCGCUGUUGCUUCUAAGGCAUGCAUUGUCUAUCUCAGACAACGAAGGAAAUGAUGAUGAUGCUUCUACCAUGUUCUCGCUUUUUCUGCUCCGAGCUGCUGGGUUUCUGCUGCCGUGCUACAUCAUGGCAUGGAUAUUCAGUAUUUUGCAUCGCCGGCGGCAAAGACAGGAAGAGGCUGCACUGGCGGCAGCAGAGGUGGCCUUCAUCCUACAGUCGGCCAGGGGCCGCGCCCUCCAGUUCACCAUCGCUCCAGACUCCCCCGCCACCCCACAGCACGAGCCAGUGCCGCAGCAACAGCAAUAG